AAAAUGGUGAAGAUGGAGGGUGAGCUCAAUAACUUGAUUGUGUUGUGGGUUUUAACAACACUUUCGUUAUGGUAUUGUUACCGAAUUUCAGCAAAGAUCUCAAAGGGAUUCACAAGGCUUUUCUCCAUCUUCCCUGUCCUCAUUCUAUUAUUGAUUCUGCCCUUUAAUCUGCACACUUUCCAUCUGGGAACGUCUCAUGUGGUUAUCCUUUCAUGGCUGGCCAAUUUCAGGCUUCUUUUAUUUGCCUUCGAUCAAGGUCCACUUUCACCACUCCCUCCAAAGCUUUAUCUUUUCAUCCUCGCGGCUUGUUCUCCGUACAAGAUCAAACGAAACUUGGUCAAGAUCAAAAAGGGCGAAACCCUGUUUCAGUUGCCCAGUUUGAUCCUAGAGGCUGCAAAUAAAGCUGCAUUGCUGGUUUUUCUGUUUUAUUCUUACAACUUUAAGCAAUAUUUUCAUAACCAUGUUUUGUUGAUCCUUUACUUCUUCCAUACUUAUCUUAAUAUUCAGUUGUUGUUAGCUGUGGCUGCAAUCCCAGCCCAGCUCCUGCUCCCUGGUGUGGAACUCGAGCCACAGUUCAAAACACCAGUUCGAGCCACUUCACUGCAAGACUUUUGGGGGCAUAGAUGGAACCGUAGGGUCUCAGAUACACUACGUUCGACCAUAUACGACCCUGUAAAAACCAUUUCUACACGUAUAAUCGGACGUAGGUGGGCUUCAUAUCCUGCUGUUAUGGCAACAUUCGUCAUUUCGGGUUUGAUGCAUGAACUGAUAUAUUACCAUAUAAUCCGCGAAUACCCUACGUGGGAGGUCACUUGGUUCUUCGUUUUACAAGGACUAUUCGUUGAUUUAGAGAUCUUUCUGAAGAAAAAAUUGGUGGCCAACGGCAAGUUCAAGCUCCAUCAGGCCAUUUCAGGACCCUUGACGUUGGCAAAUAUAGCUCUCACGGCUGGCUGCUUAUCGUAUACUCAACUCUUGAGAAAUGGUGCUGAUGAGAAGAUUAUCAACGAAUUCAAUGUCACUGUUGAGAUUUUUAAGGGAUCUGCAUAAGUUAUAUGAUUUCUUCAUACAUGUGUGAUUGUUUUUCGAUAAAGAAUGUACAACUAACUUUUUUUAUAUUAUCGGAUGAACCUCUAAAUAAAUAUUUCCAUCUGGAAGCCAA